UAUUCUUGAAAAAUAUUCGACUCUCCAUGCCAAAUGUGUCAUAUUCUUCAAUGGGUUGAUGAUAAAUUAAUAAAGAUAGAAAAAUUAAACAUCCGAAUGUACCUUUUCAUUACGUGUUAUUGUGUUGGUGAGUGAUAACCGUUCAUGCUCAAAUAUGAUUGUCAUCAAUGUCUCGGUGAAGAUAUACUUGUGGAUGGAGUACCUACGUGACAGUAUCAAUUGUGAUCUGGAUGUGAAAGUUGGUGCAUAUUUAUCAAUGUCUUUUGAUGGCCUGUAUUGUUAAAAAAAAGCUCAUUAAACUGGAGUGAAAUGCUGCCACUAAUUAAUUAAAAUCCGUUCUAUUAAGUGUUCAUUUACAUGAAGUGCAGACUCCCCUUUGAGAAUUUAUUCAUUAAAUAUAAGCGCACUAAAAACAACCGCACUUGUUUCAUGGGGAAUUUCGAGUUGAAUGCGAGUUGAAUUUUGGGUUGAGUAAUUACUCAACCAUUCAAAUGAACUUUCCGGAGUCAUCACUUUGUCGGGAUUCUAUAUUUCUGCUGGAUUUCAUGAUGGAAUAGUCGAGUAGAAAAGGGAUAGGCAAAGGCAAUCUUUCCAUCUACUCUAGUUGCAGUUUUACCCGACCAAAAUUGUUGAUAACUCCUUUUUACUGGGAAAUGAACAAUCAAGAGGCACGAGUUCGUAAACAGCUAACGUGAAUUCCCCGACUUUGAUUUUCAAUUGUAUCACUGCAAAUCAAUGCUCAAUUUAAUUAGUGUAAUUACUUAAUGCUCGUCUCCAAAAUCCUGCGUCAAGGGAUUAUCAAACGGUCACAACAUUUUACGAAAGUGAAUGCUCAAGUUUUUAUUGAAUAAAAUUGAAACUUGAAUGAUAAAUAAAAUUGCGUCAAUGAUUUUUAUUGACAAAAACGAUCAUGAGAACAUUUUAUACCAUCUCCAUUGAUUUUAUCAACUCAUUCAUCUCAAUGGUUACUUGACGACGGAAUAUUACUCUGUAAUUUGGAUGAUUACAACUGAUAUAAUACGAGUAAAAUGGAUUUCUUCACCUCUGAACAAGAACAGGAAUACGAAGAAUUUUGGGAUUCUCUGAAUAACGAGAAUUUGACGGAAGAGGAAUACCUCAGUCGAAUUUUAGGACCAAAACAUUUGCCACCGAAGCUUGUGAUUCCGUUGACAUUGGCAUAUGUGACAAUAUUUGUGAGUGGAGUUGUUGGUAAUAUUGCCACUUGUGUUGUAAUAAUAAAAAAUUCCACUAUGCGCAGUGCGACGAAUUACUAUCUUUUUAGUUUGGCAAUAUCGGAUUUGAUUUUACUGUCUCUAGGAUUACCCAACGAGCUCAGCGGCAUUUGGCAACAAUAUCCUUGGGCGCUUGGUCUUGGCCUUUGCAAAAUCCGGGCUUACGUAUCCGAAAUGUCUUCUUACGUCUCUGUGCUCACGAUAGUGGCAUUCUCGAUGGAACGUUAUUUAGCGAUAUGUCAUCCCUUGCGAGCAUACGCCAUGAGUGGCCCAAGAAGACCAAUUAUGAUAAUUAUCGCUGCAUGGUUGAUAGCUAUAAUUGCAGCCGUACCGUUCGCCAUUUACACAAAAGUCAACUACGUUGAAUAUCCUCCAGAUUCUGGGAUCAACUCCGCAAGUUCUGCAAUUUGCGCGAUGCUCCUUCCGGAUAUGCCCCAUUUUCCUUUGUAUGAACUGAGUUGUGUGGUAUUUUUUCUCAUCCCAAUGCUCAUCAUCCUUGCUGUGUACACCAGAAUGGGAUUAAAGAUAAGAAAAAGCACACGGAAUUCAGUAACAAGAACAGGCGAAUCGUCCGCACACUGGGAUUCACGUCAAGUCCAGUCCAGAAGAAGUAUUAUCAGAAUGUUAAGUGCGGUAGUAAUCAUGUUCUUCCUCUGCUGGGCACCUUUCCAUGCCCAACGAUUACUCUACGUUUACGCUCAAGAAGCUGACUACUACCCCGAUCUCAACGAAUGGCUGUACAUAUUCAGUGGUUUCUUGUAUUACUUCAGCACAACAAUCAAUCCAAUUCUAUAUAAUCUCAUGAGCUUGAGGUACCGAGAAGCAUUUAAGCGAACGGUUUGCUGUGGUAAAUCCCGAUCCAAUGGUAGACGUCCCCAGGAACUGAAUUUCUGCAGAUGUGACUCACAAAGGGUACCACAUGUGCCGACGAUACGCUGCUCCGUUAGAUACACUAUUGACCAAGCCAAAGAUAUAUUCAAAUUAAGUACGAAUCACCACGAAUGUGAAAAGGACACUAGAUUGCCGGAUUUGCAUGGGGCAAGGGAUCCCAACCGAAAUAUCAUCAACAAACCACUACUUGAGGACGAACAUCCACUCGUUAGGGAGAAAACAAGUUUCGAGAGCACGACUUCUGGUGAUAAGAGUAGAGGAUCUAUUUCCACUGCCAGCAGUUUCCUGUGAUUUUCAUCUGAUUGAUCAACACUCAAUUCUGUAAUUACAUGCGGAUUCACUAUUACCUUUUUACAUAAUUAUUUUUCCAACGUCAGCCAAUGGAAUUACAUCAUUCGACGUCACAGCAUGUAUAGUCACCGGCUGUUCUUCAUUCGUUAUUUUAUCAGUAGCCACGUUAUGUAUGAAUGAAUGGUAUACACCAUUAAACAUUCUUCUGAACACAUGCAGAGAUUAACGAUUUUUUUGGUUAUUACUCAAUGGAGUUUCAGCGUCGCUGUGCAUGGAGGGAAAAUUACCAUAAAUAAUAUGAAUUUGUUGUCUGUAAUACUAAAUCUGUAAUGUACCGAUGUGUUAUUCAAAUAGUUUAUGUUUCAUAGACUGAUAAUAGAGAUUUCAACACUCAUAUUUUUUUUGGGAAAUGGGAAAUGUGAAAAGAAGAAAUGAAUUUCACUUUCACAAUUAGAAAAUCAAUAUAAAGACAAAACAAAAAUGCAUAAUUACUCCGGUUUGAAGAAUAUUUUCCUGUAAUCUGAUGAAAUAAAUUAUUUUUCUGUGAUUCA